AUGAGCUGCUGCCCCGUAACCGCUGAGCCUGCGCGUAACCCUGCUGACCAUUCUGGCGUGAUGAAGAAGACCGGCAACACCAACAUCUAUGUGACAGGCCCUUCAUCCGCUACCGCCGGUAUCAUUGUGUACCCCGAUAUCUACGGACUCGACAGUGGUCGUACCAAGAGCGACGCCGAUACAAUGGGCAAGCUUGGCUACGCUGUCGUGGUCAUUGACCUCGUGGACGGUGAUUACGUUGAGAACAUGGACGGCAUCGAGCACUGGUUCAAGAAGUACACGUUCGCCGAGCAUCUUAGUCCACGCAUUCAGGACGCUGUCAAGUACCUCAAGACCGAAGCGGGUAUCGAGCGUCUUGCUAGCUACGGAAUGUGCUGGGGAUCGUGGGUAGGUGCCACACAGACGGCGCAGACCGACCCUGUCGUGCGGGGCCACGUGUCGUUCCACCCUGCGUGGGCUGUUGAGAACAUACUCAAAGGUGAUGAUGCGGCGGUCGAGACGCUGGCCAAGAGUGUCAAAGUGCCGCAGCUGCUCCUAGUUGCUGGCGACGAUCCAGAAUUUCUUAAACCUGGCGGCCGCAUCCACGACAUUUUCAAGUCACGCACGGACAUUGGCUCGCAAUCUGAAGUGGUGCUCUUUGCCAACGAGAAGCACGGGUGGGUCCACCGUGGAGACCUCGAGAACGUGGCGACAAAGACAGCGGUGAUGACGGCGUGGCACAGCGCAGUCAAGUUUAUCCAGACCAUUUGUCCACUUUAG